AAGAAGAAAACCUUCCGGGAGUGAUACUGUUGCUACCAGGCUGAACUGUAUCUGUCGAUAUUCAGACAGUUUCAAAGCGCAGUUUGUGUGAGGGACCGAAGAGAACUGCUCUUUCUAUGUGUUUACGCUUCCAACGUAAGUCUACGCUGCUUCUGCUGUUAACAUGAAGAAGAGGAGCUCGGAGAAACGGCGCCAUGUGGUAGCAUGGGUCAACAAAGCGGAGUGGGACCAGGUGCUGGAGUACCUGUACUCCAAGGACUCCUCCUUACAGAGGUAUGCGCUGCACAGGAUAUCUGCCUGGAGGUCCAGGUACGCUAGCAGCUGCCCUGUGGCGGUGGACUGCACGGCGGACCUGGUGAGGUGCCAGGUGCUGGACCGGUCUGGAAAGCUGGACGGAGAUGAUCUGGUCCUCCUCUACGGAGCAGCUCUGGUGCGAUUCGUCAAUUUGAUCACCGAGAGGCAGCAGGGAAAAACUGCCCGGCCACUGAGACGGCUGGCGGGGAACCUGAACAUCCCAGAAUGGGUGGUAAACCUGAGGCACGAUUUCACACAUCGCAAGCUCCCCACUUUGAAAUGGUGCAGGAAGGGGUGCGGCGUGGUGCUGGAGUGGCUCCAGCACGAGUACUGGUCCAGGCAGCUGGGAGGAGGUGCUGGUGAGGACUGGGACUCGCAGUCUGAUGGAGAAGAUGAGGAGAUGGACCUGAGACGCCAGGAAGAUGAUCUCAUCGCAAGGCAGAAAGAAAAGGAAGCCUACAUGAAAGCAAGAGACCUGCUGAUCUCUUAUGAAAAGGAGCAGUACCAGGCUAUUAAUGGGCUUCCUGAAGACACAGAGAAGAACCUGUGGCCAGCACCCUUUGCAGACAUGAGCUGGUUACUAGGUGAGAUCCAGCAGUUUGCUGUGGAGUCGAGUGAUUUGCUGAUCGACGUGCUGCUAGAAGAUGGAUUCCUGGUUCCCACUGUUGAACAGCUGGAAACAUUAGGCUGCGACCCUUCUGCAAAUGCCAGUCCAACUGAACCCAAACUCCCUCGAGCCCUCCUGCGCUUUUGGCUGCCCCUUCUGAAAAUGCUCAACUCACCAGCCUUCAUUCACUUCCUCCUGGAGAAGCUGUUUGUUGAGCUGAAGCUGCUCACAAAAGAGUGGAAUGAUCACAGGGCGUUCUACCUCUCUGCUUGGAUUUCUGAAGUAAUCCUCUGUAACAACAACAAGUUUGAAUACCAUUUUGAAACAAAGGGCCAGAGGAAGGCCAGAAUCAAGGACAGGAUUUUCGUGCAACGUAUCCAGCUGAGGUGGCAGCAGGUUCUCUCAGCUUGUCUGGAUGCUCCCUGUGUCAGCACGCCUCACCUGCUCCAGGUAAUACUGGAUGACAUGGAGCAUCCUCUCCCCCGGGAAACCAGACAGAAGCUGCUCCAGCUCUGCUCCAUCUACACACAGACCGCACACUCAAACUACGACCCUUCUCCGGAGCAGAAACGACAGCCCAUAUACACACUGGAGAGUCUGCACGAGAAGCUGCAGCAUUCAAGGCAUCACAGCCACCCCUGGCGCUCCAGGGCUGCCCCAGAGCGGAGUGAAGCCUCCCAGGAGAACAAAUCCGCCAAUGCUUUGGCCGAAAGAGCAAAGCUGCUCAGAGGUUCUCCGUGGCAGCUGUGUGCCGAUAAAGUUUUGUGGAAGAACUAUCCUCUGGGUAAAGUUCCUGGACAGUCAGAUGACCCCUCCUGCCUGAUGUUGGAAAACUACUCAACCAUGACUGUGUUUGACCAGCCAGUGGAGCUUGAGAGUAACACCGCUCACAGUGCCCCAGGAGUGUCUGCAGCAGUGAGGACAGCGGAUGGUCCUCUUUGGAACCACAGUGAUGUCAACAGGCUGAAAUCUGGACUGCAGCUUUUUUGAAUUGCAGUACCGUGAAAUCUAGGCUUUCGGCUGCUGGCACUUCACUGAAUCUGAACUCUGUUAUUUUGACUCUAAAUGUUCAAAAUACGUGAGCGUUAACUCUAAACAGAGUUUGUUUUUGGACAACAAAGCAAAUAUUCACAGGUUCCAGCUUCUGCAAAUACUGGUUGUUUUCAUUACUAUUAAAUAAAAAUUAUCCCAAGUUAUAUUGAAAAAUGUCUAGUAGUUCCCAGAGGCCUUCAGUUAGUUAAUCUAACCAACAAUCCCAAAACCGUAUAUGAUUUACAAAUUUCUAAAGGUUUACACACAAGAUUCAUUAAAGAAAAGAUAAUUCAUUAGGAGAUUAAUAGCUGUUCAAAAUAACUGAGUUGCAGCCGAAGUUGUUGAUGUCAAGCAUUUAUAAAAUCCCCCAUGUUAUCUUCUGUGUUUACAAUAUUUUCAAUAAAGACUAAAGUAGAACUCAUGCAGAAAUUCAAAACAUCCUAUAUGGUAAUGAAACAAAGUGUGAUAGAGUUAGAUAUUUUUUUCUGCUGCUCUGCUCUUCUGCUUUGCACUUGUGUUCAAUAAAAACUUUCUCCACUGAA